CUCGCCUCAGCCAUAAUUUGUACGGAAGAAGGUUGCAUCACAUAAUUUCACACAACUCAAAUGGAAAAUCACAUUUAAAGAGUCACACAACCGGUCUCUCAUUAAAUAAUGACCGUCUGUACAAACUCACAUAUUCCACUGAAGUUCUUCUUGAUCGGGGCAAAGGAAAACUCCAAGACAGUGUAGGCUACCGAAUUUCAUCUAAUGUGGAUGUCGUCUUACUGUGGAGGAAUCCUGAUGGCGAUGAUGACCAACUGAUCCAAAUCACAAUGAAAGACGUAAAUGUUGAAAAUGUGAAUCAGCAGAGAGGAGAGAAGAGCAUUUUCAAAGGAAAAAAUCCACCCAAAAUCAUAAGAAAGGAAAACUUGGAAGCUUUACAAAGACCUGUGCUCCUUCAUCUAAUCCAUGGAAAGGUCAAAGAGUUCUACUCAUACGCAAAUGAGCCGGUGGCCAUAGAAAAUCUCAAAAGAGGCCUGGCUAGCCUAUUUCAGAUGCAGUUAAGCUCUGGAACCACCAAUGAGGUGGAUAUUUCUGGGGAUUGUAAGGUGACAUACCAGGCUCAUCAAGACAAAGUGAUCAAAAUUAAGGCCUUGGAUUCAUGCAAAAUAGAGAGGUCUGGAUUUACAACCUCAAAUCAGGUCUUGGGUGUCACUUCCAAAGCCACGUCUGUCACUACCUAUAAGAUAGAAGACAGUUUUGUUAUAGCUGUGCUUGCAGAAGAGACACAUGCUUUUCGGAUGAAUUCUCUACAAACCAUCGCAGGCAAAAUAAUAUCAAAGCAGAAAUUGGAGCUGAAGACCACUGAAGCAGGCCCAAGACUGAUGUCUGGAAAGCAGGUUGCAGCCAUAAUUAAAGCAGUUGAUUCAGAGUACAAGGCCCUUCCCAUUGUGGGACAGGACUUCCAGAGCAAGUGUAAAAGAUGCCCUUCUCUCUCGGAGCACUGGCAGUCUACCAGAAAACACCUGCAGCCUGACAACCUCUCUAAAGCUGAGGCUGUCAGAAGCUUCCUGGCCUUCAUUCAGCACCUCAGGACUGCGACUAGAGAAGAGAUCCUCCAGAUCUUAAAGGCUGAAAACAAGGAAGUAUUACCUCAACUGGUGGAUGCUGUCACCUCCGCUCAGACCUCAGACUCAUUAGAUGCCAUUUUGGACUUUCUGGAUUUCAAAAGUGACAGUAGCAUUAUCCUCCAGGAGAGGUUUCUCUAUGCCUGUGGAUUUGCCUCCCAUCCCAAUGAAGAACUCCUGAGAGGCCUCAUUAGUAAGUUCAAAGGUUCCUUUGCGAGCAACGACAUUAGAGAAACUGUUAUGAUCAUCAUUGGGGCCCUCGUCAAGAAGUUGUGUCAGAAUGAAGGCUGCAAACUCAAAGCAGUGGUAGAAGCCAAGAAAUUAAUCCUAGGAGGACUUGAAAGAGCAGAGAAAAAAGAGGACACCAUGAUGUACCUAUUGGCUCUGAAGAAUGCUCUGCUGCCGGAAGGCAUCCCACUCCUUCUGAAGUUUGCAGAGGCUGGAGAAGGGCCCGUCAGCCACCUCGCUACCACCGCUCUCCAGAGAUACGAUGUCUCUUUCAUAACUGAUGAGGUCAAGAAGACUUUGAACAGGAUAUACCACCAGAAUCGUAAAGUUCAUGAAAAGACUGUGCGCACUACUGCAGCUGCUAUCAUUUUAAAUAACAAUCCAUCCUACAUGGAAGUAAAAAACAUUCUUCUCUCUAUUGGGGAGCUUCCCAAAGAAAUGAAUAAAUACAUGCUCACUCUUGUUCAAGACAUCCUACGUUUUGAAAUGCCUGCAAGCAAAAUGGUCCGUAGAGUUCUGAAGGAAAUGGUUGCUCAUAAUUAUGACCGCUUCUCCAAGAGUGGAUCCUCUUCUGCCUACACUGGCUACAUAGAACGUACUCCCCAUUCAGCAUCUACUUACAGCCUUGACAUUCUUUACUCUGGUUCUGGCAUUCUAAGGAGAAGUAACCUGAACAUCUUUCAGUACAUUGGGAAGGCUCAUCUUCACAGUAGCCAGGUAGUCAUCGAAGCCCAAGGCCUGGAGGCCUUGAUUGCGGCCACUCCCGACGAGGGGGAGGAGAACCUCGACUCCUACGCAGGCAUGUCAGCCAUCCUCUUUGAUGUUCAGCUCAGACCUGUCACUUUUUUCAACGGAUACAGUGAUUUGAUGUCCAAAAUGUUGUCGGCAUCUGGUGACCCUAUCAGUGUGGUGAAGGGACUUAUUCUGUUGAUAGAUCAUUCCCAGGAGCUUCAGUUGCAAUCUGGACUAAAGGCCAAUAUGGAUGUCCAGGGUGGCCUAGCUAUUGACAUUUCAGGUGCAAUGGAGUUUAGCCUGUGGUAUCGUGAGUCUAAAACCCGAGUGAAAACUCGGGUGGCUCUGGCAAUAACUGGCAGCAUCACUGUAGACUCCUCUUUUGUGAAAGCUGGCCUGGAGAUCAGCACAGAAACAGAAACAGGCCUGGAAUUUAUCUCCACGGUGCAGUUUUCUCAGUACCCGUUCUUAGUUUGCAUGCAGAUGGACAAGGAUGGAGCUCCACUUAGGCAAUUUGAGACCAAGUAUGAAAGACUGUCCACAGGCAGAGGUUACGUCUCUCGGAGAAGAAAAGAAAGCCUCAUAGCAGGAUCUGAAUUCCCUCUCCACCAAGAGAACUCGGAGAUGUGCAAGGUGGUGUUUGCUCCUGAGCCAGCAAGUACUUCUAGCGGUUGGUUCUGAAACUGAUUGGUGAUGUUUCACUUGAAUCUGUCUUCCCAGAAGGGAUACCAUGUGACAUGCCUGUGUACUUGCUCUCUGAGAGCACAGUGUUUACAUGUUUACCUGUAUUUAAGAUUUUUGUAAAAAGCUAUGAAAAGCCUCCAAUGAUUAAAUGUGGGCCUAUUCGGUAUGCUCCCUAUAGUGUCAUUCUGAGCCAACAUACGUGACACUUCCGGCAACAUUCCCAGUUUUCUUGUCCCUCCAUCAAAUCCUGUUUGGUGCGGUGGGAAGAGGGCUGUCCUGAGAAGAAACGAUUGUUUAUAAAACACAUGACAAAGCACGCAUAUGCUCGGGAGAACCCAAUUUUGUUUUAACAAUUUUCAAUCAGUGUGUAUAAAAACCUUGACAGGACCUUAAGCAUGGCUCCUUUCUACCAAAUGUGUUGCCCAAUCAGAAAACUAAAACAAAAACGAA